AUGAAAUAUUUCAGACCUAUCUUUCGAUGCGAGGUUGAGGGGGCUGCGGAGACGCAGCGGGUGGCAAGUGGGAAGGAUGCAAAUGUUGAUACCGUUAUCGUGACGACUACUGAAGAUGUUUCUGGGUACAGGAUAAAGGCGAGCCCGAGACUGGUGGACCGCUGGCUCGAUGUGACAGUCCGGGUGGCUGGGUCGGCCCCAGUCUUUCUGUUUAUCAUCGCUGGUCUGUUAACGUGGGCCUUGAUGGGCAUAUAUUUUGGCAACUCGGAUGUCUGGGUUGCUGCUAUCUCCGAUGUCCAGGCUAUUCUAUGUUAUGUGUUCGAUUCGUUCCUCAUGCGCCAGCUGCUCCGCGAGUACUCCGAGCAGCGUGAAGCCAUGAUCGAAAUCCAGUCCCGGUGCAACAGUCAUCAUCGCAUGAUCGCCAGUGUCAAGAAGAAGCUGGGGGCGGAAGGGAUAUGUCAUGUCGCCAACAAGUGUCACGAUGAGCCUCUAGAACCGCUGGACCAUGGACUGCGCACCCAGGGUCUCUUUGCCCAGUGCAUCAUCGUCUUCGCCAAGACAUUCGGACAUAUUAUCAGCGCCGGUCUCUACUGGGUCUGCAUCUUCAUCUGGCUGGGCUUCGGUCCGCGUUGCAACUGGUCGAACCGGUGGCAACUCUACAUCAACGACGCGACAUCGGGGCUGAUGGUGUUGGUUUUUGCGUUCCUGGCCUGCCUGCGGGAAUGCUAUGCCGACUAUACCAACACCUGCCUAGAUGCCAUCUUCAGACUCGAUUCGACUCUCGAGAAGGAGCUUCGUCGCCUCAGCGAGGAUGACCUGCCGAACCAGGUGGAAGUCAUCUUGCCCCCUAAGGAGAAUUUCCUGCAGGUGGUGAUCUUUUACUACGCCGACAUCAUCGGCACUCUGGUCGGCAUCGUCUUCCUCGUUAUGGUGAUGAUCGCCUGGGCAGCCGUCGGACCUGUCUUUCAUUUUAACAGUAAUUGGUGGCUGCUCAUCGGCACGUAUGCAGGGCUGGUUGGUUUGUUCGACAGUUUUGUCCUCCGCAACAUCCAAGGCAAGGUGCACCAGUACAUCAACAGUCAGAUUAUUAUUGUGGAGAAGGGAGACACGGGGCUCUUCGCUGGACUGUUCAUGGCCAUCCCUUCAGCUGGCAGCACCAAGCGCCCGUCACUGAGCCAGCGCGUGUCCCGCCGGAUGGAUGCCGUCAGCUCCCAUCUCUCCAUGGUUAUUGCUGGCUUCUUCCUCACCAUUGGAUGCCUUGUCGCUUCAAGCGCAAUGAAAUGGAGUCUCACCGGACAGUUGAUUUCAAACGUGCCUCCCAGCAUCAUUGAGACAUUCUUCAUGCUCAUUCUCAUUACUGGACAGAAUGAUGCUGAGGCAAGUGCCCACAUCGAAUUGACUAACAUCUACUACCGGCGCCAGCGACUGCUGUCAUUCAUGCAGCAUGCAAAGAAGUUCUGUGAGGAUCAUGAGCUUUCCAAGGAUGUUGCGGUACCUGCACAGUGA